GUCCGUCCUCCACGAGCUACUUGAUGUUUAGACGUCUCACCCACGCUCAUACUAGAGUCCUUCCUGAUAACGGACUGCCCAUCGCGCAAGAAAUCACCUCAUGCUGUAGCCUGAUCAAGGCAGCACCGCUACGCGUGCAUAUUGAGUGACGUGCAAUUCGUCCUCAUUGCCAGCGAAGGAAUCUGACGUCAUCGCACUUGCACAACUUGGAAGAGCAUUUUGAGGACUCUCUUCCCUUUUUAUCUUGUUCCUGCUUUUGCCGAAGUCCAUGAAUCCUAGACAGAAAUGUUAAGAUUAGAUUGACCAAGUACCACCCUGUUGACUUCAGUGUAUCACUUGAAGUGUAGCCUUUCAACCAACAGCCCGGUAGACUUCCAGUCUCUGGUUCUCGCUGUUGUAUCAGACACGUUGAUCGAGGCAGUAGGGAAAACAACGAGGGCUUUCGGAAAAGAUGUCGUGUGUCCAGAGGAAACGUGCGAGAGAAGAAAACCACUUCAGUCAGUGUGAUGGGCCUUCUCCAAAGCGCAUGACUCUUACUCGUCCUGCUGCCUUCAGCGAUGACCCGCAGGCAAUUGCUGAAAGGGAUAGAUGUGAUUACAGCAAUAAAGUCACAAUGGAAAUGGCGAAAGCGGGACUUGCAACCCGCCCGGUGAGGGUGUAUGCCGACGGCAUUUAUGAUUUGUUCCACCAGGGGCAUGCACGUCAACUCAUGCAGGCCAAGUCUGCCUUUCCCAACGUUUAUCUCAUUGUUGGUGUGAACAACGACGAGAUGACGCACACGAUGAAAGGAAAAACUGUGAUGACGGACAAGGAACGUUACGAGGCCGUGCGCCACUGCAGAUACGUGGACGAAGUUGUGAGGGACGCCCCCUGGGUGUUGGACGACGAGUUCUUAGAAAAGCACAAGAUCGAUUUCGUGGCGCACGACGACAUACCUUACACGAUGGGCAACGAUGACGACGUCUAUAAGGGAAUCAAAGAAAGGGGCAUGUUUCUGACUACACAGAGGACAGAGGGCGUAUCGACAUCCGACCUCGUUGCACGAAUUGUCAGGGAUUACGACGUCUACGUCAGACGGAACCUCGCUCGGGGAUACUCAGCCAGGGACAUGAAUGUGUCCUUUCUCAAUGAGAAAAGGUUCUUGCUUCAGAACAAGAUGGAUGAACUCAAAGACAAAAGCCGCCAGUUGGUGGAAAACCUGGAUGGCAAGCGGCACGAACUCAUUCAGAGGUGGGAAGAAAAAUCGAGAGAAUUCAUCUUUAACUUCCUGGAGCUCUUUGGUCGGGAGGGGAGACUGGAAUCCGAAUCCGAAAGUCUGGAGCCGCCCGUCGAUGAAUACAUCGAAUCGCUCACGUCUCAGUACAUGGAAAUCGCAAAUUUGUUCCGGCCGCCCCCCAAGGCUCGCACACGCAAGGGGCCCUCUAGGGACAGCUCCCCUUUCAAGCACUGCGGCUGCGGGAGCACGUUGCCGUCCCACACGCCCGAGCGCCGUUUGAGCAGCGUGCCGGCGCUACCGGGCAAACCCGCCGCGGCUCAACUGGCCGGAACGCACGAUGUACUGGAGGUGUCCGAGUCGCCCGACGCUUCGCCGUGCGUUUCGGCCACAAAUCUCGCCAGGCACGACCUGCUGAGCAAGCGCGCUAGUGACCUGCUUGAGGCGAACUUGAUGCGGCAUUGCUCUCGGGAUUCUUCAUUGGCUGCUUUUCCCAGCCCUAAGCACGGUGCCAGAAGGCUCCCCGUAGCGUCCAACGGUGCUCUAGAGUCUGAGACAUCACGAGAUGGACAUAGUGAUAAGCAAGAUGGUGCCAAAGCACCGCCAGCGAUAAAUGAAGGCAUUGGAAAGCAAGGCGUAAUCCAUGCCAUUGGAACUGCCGGGACGGCUCAAGAACAGGCUGUCGCUGGGACUUCGGUGAAACAAAAGCCAGAUACAGCCAGUGAUGCUUCACCGUUGAAAUCUGCGGCAGAUGAUGUAAUCAGUGUGGGGGAAGUGAAGCAGCCCCAACAAAGAGGGGAUGUGAGCAUGUUGCCAAGCCAAGAGUUCCUCGUGCAUGAUACAACACCGAAGGUUUCGCCCGAGGUACUCCAAGGUCCUCCUCCCCAGGUCGCUGCUGCAGCUGAGACGCAGGAAGGUUUGACAGGUGGCGCCGGUGGUAAAGAAGACGGUGCUACUCCAGGUGUCAACCAAACUAUAGUUACCAGCAAUAGUGAUUCGUCGGAGUUACCACCGAGAGGGGGUGCCACCCCUGAGGGUGCAAAAAAAGAGGAAUGAAAAGUGACUGUCGUAGAAAAUGCAGAUUAGCAGCGCUGCUCAUGUUUUGUGCCAACGUGACGGAAUCUCUGCUGGCAGGCCUACUGCCACUCUUGCGAAAGUGCAAGGGGGAAAAUUGGAAUAGUAGCUGCUGUUUCGUACAUCAAAAUGGCAUACAACUAUCAUGCAAGGUAGAAAUAGGAACAAAAUUAUUUCAGUAAUAGUGAAGGACGAUUUAAACAUUCUGCAAUAAACCAAUGAUAGGUUCUAUA